GUUUCCGCCACAGACUAUGACGAUUUAACGUGGCUCUGCUAGCUUUGUAACAAAUCAGAGAAUUUACUGGUUUUUAAUCCCUGUCGAUAUCCAACGUCACAUCGGUAGAUCGGCAAUAGCGCAACAAGCUUGUGUCGAAUAAGAAGCUGUGGAGGGGCAACUGGGACCAGAAAAGACCCAUAUUCGUCAUCGUCACGGACUGACGGUUAAUUAAAUUGAUCGGAUUCAGUAGAAGAACUGCGGGCAUCAUCCGACCUUCUUUUAAGACCGAAAUACCGUUUGAUGUUCCCAAUCGACGUCAAAUCUCUUUCACCGAUCGACGACCCUCUUAAUCCUGUCGCUGCAAACAAUUACCAAAAAUCGCCAUCAUGGGCGCAAAAGCGGGUUUCGCGCUGAAGCUGGUGCAGUGGUUCUUCCGAGGCAUCCAGUUCUGCUGCAGCGCUCUUAUUCUCGCCAUCUUCUCAUAUUUCCUCGCGACCCUGAGCAAUCGCGGCUUAACGAUACCAACAUGGACCCGUGCCGUUGAAGGAAUCUCGGGUAUUGGUGUACUAUACACCAUCGUCGGUCUAUUGCUUCUGUGCUGCCUAGCCGGACAUCCGUUUACAUCCUUCAUCGCCAUCGUCCUGGAUAUCUGCUUCAUCGGCGCAUACAUCUACGUAGCUAGUUCCACUAGAGCAGGCGCCAGCAGCUGCACCGGCACGGUGGACACCGUCUUUGGAAGUGGCCAAGCCGAGAGUCUGAUCAACGACAAACACCCGACCUACCGAGAAGCUUGUCAGAUGGAGACUGCAUGUCUAGCGGUUUCGAUAGUUGCGAUCCUCUUCUUCGUCUUCUCUGCAGCUCUCGAGGUCGUUCUCGUCCGCCACCGACGCAAGGAACAGCGAUUCGGCCCAAGUCCAGCUAACAACUACACUUCGGGCUACGCCAAGCGUCGCGGCCUACUCGGUCUCUUCCGCAAAAAGCGAACUGCCGAUGCGGAGGACCCCAACGUUCUACCCGCGCACACCCAACCGGACCAGAUGCGCCAGAGUUACAACACGGAGGCUACGGCGGUUGGUCCUGAGACCGGAACCUACAAUAACAAGUACCAGUACGACGGACAAGUGGCGUACCCCGAGACCGGUACCGCCACGACGCACACCACGCCGGCCGGCUAUCGCUACUAAGCGGGCUCGGACCUGCGACGGAUGCAUGAGACUGUUGAUGAAUAUGAACAUGAUGAGGACAAAUAGUGCCUUGUACGAAGCAGAUAUGAACUGGAAGUGAUACCCUGCAGGGGUUGACAUAUGGGACGGUUGUCACGCGCUGCUUUACGGGAAUCAGAAUGAGAUUGCUGGAUACAGCUGAGGGGUAUGUGGUUGCUUAAUGAUGAUAAUUCUGUCGCAAAGUUGGGACUGUGUAUCAUAAUGUGGAUGGCCAUAGUCGAACCCCUGGAUUUCGGGGUCAUGACCGGGGAUGCUGUAGUUAUGUCAGAUGAAUCAACACGAUAUUUGUAUUCGUGA